AUGUCCAGUAAUAAUUACGGCAGUAUAUCAAAGCAGCAGCAACAGCAGCAACCCCCAUCCCAGUCAUUGUCAAAAGCUGAACGUGAUCUUUUGCAAGCUGACCGACCCGGCUAUGGUGACCGGUCAAAAGUAGAAGUUGCUUUCAAUCUUGUCAAUGCCACAGUGGGUGCAGGCAUUAUGGGUUUACCCUAUGCCAUUUCGCAUGCGGGGUUUGUCACUGGUAUAGUGGCAUCCAUUUGGGUGGCGAUUUUGUCUCAGCUCGGUUUAUACAUGGUCAUCUUGGCGGGCAAACAAACAGGCAUCUACAAAUACGCUGUAUUGGUCGAAUACGUGAUGGGCCGUUUUGGAUAUCAUCUGCUUAAUUUCAUGAUCAUUGCUCAAGCAGGCGGCGGUGUCAUUAGCUAUUUCAUAUUGUUGGGAGAUUGCAUGCCUGUACUAUUCGAACGAUACUUCCCAUCCAUUCCUCUCUUGGCCAACCGUACCUUUGUCGUUGGCACGAUCGGUAUUUGCUGUAUUUUCCCCUUGCUUUUACGACGUGCCAUUGGUUCACUUGCACGUUGGUCAAUGGUGUCUGUAAUGUGUCUACCCGUUAUCAUUGCUGCUAUCUUGAUUCGAGCACCUGCCUAUUACACCAAUUCACCGAAUAAUGAGACAAACGAGGGACCUACCUGGUCAUGGGUUGGAUCAGACGUCUUUGGAGCACUUGGCAUCAUGGCUUUUGCUUUUACAAGUGCGCAGGUCGCAUUUAACAACUUUUUAAGCUUGAGCGAUCAAUCACAUCAAGCAUGGCGUCAAUCCACUAUUCUUGCCAAUUGCAUGAGCUGGAGUGUAUCCAUGACCUUUGCCAUUGUUGGUUAUCUUUGCUUUGGCACUGAUGUCGAAUCCAACUUGUUUAUGAAUUUUGAUGCCGACGAUUUGAUCAUCAACAUUGGCCGCUUUUGCCUUGGUUUCAGCAUGAUCUUUACCAUUCCAAUGUGCUUUUAUCCCACGCGUGAGGCUGUGCAAAAAAUGUUGGGAUUCGAGACUGCAACUCGUCAGCCGACACAAAUGCAGCAUUAUGUGGUCACUGCUCUCUUAUUUGCACUACUUAUGGGUACCGGCAUCGCUGUUCGGUCACUCGGCAAGGUGUACUCGCUUUCCGGUGGUCUUGCCGCUACAUCAUUAGCUUUCAUUUUGCCGGCUACUUGUUAUCUUGUUACUCGUUGGCGUUCCACAACACCAUACCGUGUCCCCACACUUACAAAUGCACCCACGCUCUCCAUCCCACCACCACCCAUGCCACCCGUGCUUGGAAGCACACUUGCCAGCAAACUUAUCGAUGAUAAGAAUGCUUUGUUAUAUGCAUCUCCUUUGUCAUCUGAUACCCAAUCCUGCUCAUCACCACGCUUGACUCCUGUAUAUCCCGCAUAUUCGUAUUAUGACGAGGAAGAUGUUUCCACAGUCGACGGCGGUGAAAUACUACCUGAUGAUGGCAGCGAUGCUGCUAGCGUAAAGAGCGUCUCAUCUUUGAUGGAGCGUACUACCUUUGGUUUACUCGAUUUCAUGGCCGUUUGUCUCAUCUUUUGGGGCUUCUUUGUCAUGGUCGUCAGCGUUAGCUCUGUGCUGGCAGAGUAA